AUGAGGUCCGGAUCUAACAAACGUUUCCCUUUCUGCUUUCCCUGGCCGGAGCCCUUCGUUCAGGAACCCACCGUCGGUGCUGGGACGAAGCAGACGAGCGAACCGAUAUCAUGGACAGCGGUGGCCCUUGCAAUAUUGUCGGCUGUGGGGGUUGUAAGCCAGGUCAUCAUCGCUUUGGAGAUACCGUGGCUCUACACUACUGCUUGUCUAUGGGCAGCCGCAGUAUUGUAUGUUGUGCUGUUGCGGCCCAGGACUGUAUCGGUGCCUCUGCUUCUUGACUUUGGGGCCAUUGCCAUUGUGGGAAUCGCUCCUUUUGCUUUCAACUUUCCCCUUGAUCUGUCAAGAAAGGCACGCGUGAGUAGUGGCUCAAGCGCGCUUCUGGCUGUCCUUGCUUUGCUGGUGGUAAUUAAUCAACCCCUGCGAGACCCGGAAUGCGUUUCUGCAGGUGUCAGCCGGCCUUUCACGGCGCCCAGCAACGCCUACCGAUCCCCGGAAGACAACCUCACGCUUUUUCAAUGGAUGACAGUGUCCUGGAUGAGCCCAUUGAUCAAACUCGGGACUCAAAGACAACUACAUGAUGAGGAUGUAUGGUCCCUCGGCUAUGAAUUCCAGCAUCAACAUUUGCACGAGGCAUUCCGCGAAUUGAAGGGAACUGUCAUUCGGCGCUUGUUAGCGGCGAAUUGGAUUGACCUUGUUCUGCUCACCUUUUUGGCCAUCUUGGAGCUGACCGCGAAUUAUUCUGCUCCAUUGAUUUUGCAAAAGUUGCUUCAAGCGAUGGAGGUCAUCCACUUCAACAAGCGCCCUGCCAUCACCUUUGCGCUGCUUAUGCUCGUGGUCAGACUCAUGGCAGCGCAGAGUGCGGUUUUCAGUCUAUGGUUCGGAAGACGUUGCUACGAACGAGCUCGAGGUGAAAUGAUUACCAUGCUGUACGAAAAGACGCUGAACAGAAAGAUCUUGGGCAGCUUCGACCCCCAGACCCAAGAGAAGGCCGCCGACUAUGCGAGUGACAUUAUCGCCGAUGAGCCGGAUCCGCGCGAUCUAGAUCCUUUGCCUCAGACAGAACAGCCUCUCCACAUUCAGGAUCAGGAUCCACCAACUCUUGCAGAACGAGGUCACAAAUUCCUCCAGUGGCUGCAAACACUAUACAAAUCCAAACAGAAGCCCGUCACUGAAGACAAGGCAGCGGCCUCUCUAGGAAAGAUCCUCAACUUGAUGCGCAAUGAUGUUUAUCAGGUUGCUCAGCGCUUCUGGGAGUUUCAGACACUAAUCAACAAGCCCCUCGGUCUGGUCCUCUCCAUUGUCCUCAUCUGGCGUUUACUUGGUUGGUCAUGCUUAGUGGGCGUUGCUGUCGUAUUCAUUGCGCAACUCUUGAACUACAUAUUGGCACGAGUGCUGAUCAGUUGGGAAAAGGAGCGACGAAAAGCAACAGACACGAAAUUACAGAAAAUAUCGGAAUACGUGGAAGCCAUCAGACAUUUGAGGUGGUAUGGAUGGCAUCUGAAAUGGCUUGACGAUGUGAUGACCGCUCGACAGAAAGAGCUCCGGCUGAAAAUCAUCACCUACCUGUGGAAUUGUGCCAUCAAAUUUGUCAGCUCCAUCGCCAGCGGCAUGCUUCCAGUCGCCUGUUUCUAUGCCUACACGGCUCUGGCAGGUCAACAGCUGCGAGUCGAUGUGGCGUUCCCAGCUCUACAACUAUUCGCGCUGAUGCAGACAAAUUUGCGAGAACUUCCAACCCUCAUCACCGUAAUGCUUGACGCGUCAGUGGCAGUCGGACGCAUCGAGGACUUUGUCUCGGAGCCCGACAAAGCCGAGGAGGAAAUCAGAGGUCCAACAGAAGACCGACUUGAGUUGCGGAAUGCUACGUUUGCAUGGCCAGGAGUCCCUCGCCCAGUUCUGCGGCACUUGAAUAUCGCUUUCCCUCAAGGCUUGACGGUGGUGUAUGGUCCAGUCGCAGCAGGCAAAACAGCGUUGCUCCAGGCUCUGCUAGGUGAGCUUGAUCUGCUUGAGGGCGAACUUCUAAAGCCGUACCAUGCACCUAUCGGAUAUUGUGCUCAGACACCGUGGCUUCAGAGCAUGAGUAUUCGAGAGAAUAUCCUCUUCAAUGCACCAUACCAGGAGAGUCGCUAUAAGAAAACCCUGGAAGCCUGCGCGCUUGUUCAAGAUUUGGUCAAUUUCAAAAACGGUGACCUGUCACAUAUUGGAGAGAACGGGAUCGGAUUGUCCGGCGGACAAAAAGCCAGAGUUUCUCUCGCACGAGCAGUUUACAGUCAAGCCCAGAUUCUACUUCUGGAUGAUCCCCUGAGCGCGUUGGAUCAACAAACGGCAGAAUGGAUAGUCUCGAAAUGUCUAACGGGCAGCCUGCUUCAAGGAAGAACUGUGGUCCUUGUCACUCAUCGCACCGACAUCUGUCAACAUGUGGCGACGCAGCUCGUCGAGAUAACGCAUGGCUCGGCAAUAUUGCAUCGUUCCGACGAAGAACUUGGGGCUCCUGCGUAUCCGGUGACCAGCUCCGAGGACGUCCAAGACGCACAGGUCAGCGAGGAGCAGGCAGCCGCUGUUCCCGACAAGUUCCUCGAUGAGGAGCACAGAGUGCAUGGCGGAGUGCAGCUGGCUGUGUACUGGGAGUAUAUCAAAGCAGGCAGAUUGAUCUGGUGGCUGGUGGUGGUUGUGACUGCCGCUUUGUGCCGCAUUACCUAUGUCAGUGAGAGCUGGUUCCUGAAAGAAUGGGGCGAGGCAUACAACUGGACCAUCUACCAGGUCCUAGGCUUGCAGACCGACAGCAGCAUCCAUGUUUUCCGAAACCCCAUCGCUGGCUUCUUCGACAGGUUUCCAAAUCCUGCAGUCAAUGUUCAGCCAUGGCUGAUUGGAUUCCUUGUGAUUGUGCUUCUCGAGACGCUGGCAUUGGUCCUUUCCCAGGUAUCUAUGCUUGUGGUGACUUACACUGCCGCCCGCGGAAUGUUCAGAGAAAUAAUGGACCGGAUCAGCAAUGCGACUUUCCACUUCUACGAUGUAACACCUGUGGGAAGACUCAUGAACCGUCUUACCUCUGACGUUGGCACGAUCGAUGGCAAUAUCGCCGAUCAGUUCUUGAUCGUCAUAUGGUACGGGGUCGCCUGGAUAUCUUCCAUGGUGGUCAUCGGGAGUGUCACACCAUUAUUCUUGAUUUUUGCCAUUGCUUUGACCAUCGCGUUUGUGAUGAUAUUCUUGCGUUUCAUUCCUGCAUCGCAAAGUCUGCGACGUCUCGAGAUGGUCUCGUUAAGCCCCCUCAUGUCGAAUUUUGGGGCGCUCCUAAAUGGGCUUAUGACGGUCCGAGCUUUCUGUGCCCAGCCGCAGUUCCAGCAGCGCAAUAUCCAAGUCACAGACGCAUUCCAGAAGAUGGAUCAUUUCUACUGGAGUCUGCAGGCCUGGCUGAUGUACCGCUUCGAUACGCUAUCAGCCGCCUCGACGUUCCUUUUGGCUUUGCUCGCCAUCUGCUCGAAUUUGUCGGCCGGCCUGACUGCCUUCGUCCUCGUCGCGGCGGACAAAUUCGUAGAGUCAACCCAUGCAAUCUGCAAACAAUACGGUCAGCUCCAGCUUGACUUUGUCAGUGUGGAACGGGUCGUUGAGCUGCUCCAUCUCGAAAAAGAAGAUCCCGGUUCUCUCAAGCCGCCCGCGGCCUGGCCAAGAUACGGCAGUGACAUUAUAUUCGAGAACGUCACGAUUCGGUACCAGCCUCAUCUCGAACCAGCUCUAACCAAUGUUUCUCUGCGAAUCAAAGGGGGGACAACCAAUGCGAUCAUUGGGAGGACUGGCUCGGGCAAAUCGACUUUGGCUUUGGCCUUGUUGGCGACCAUCACUCCAGAAUGCGGACGAAUCUUAGUCGAUGGCAUUGACAUUGCAAAGGUUGAAAAGCAAGCCCUGCGAAGUCGCAUCACCUUCCUGGCCCAAGACCCUAUCCUCUUUCAAGGCACGCUGCGACAUAAUCUGGAUCCUAUGGAAGAACACUCCGACUAUGCUUGUGAAAGUGUCGUGUCAAGGGUGUGCGGAAAGUAUGGGUGGACGCUAUCAACACCAAUCGACAGCGGAGGGCGCAACUUGAGCCAAGGACAGAGGCAGCUUGUGGGACUUGCUCGGGCAAUUUUGAGACGAAGUUCAAUUGUGAUCAUGGACGAGGCCACGGCCAGUAUCGACUUGGAGACUUCCAGUGAGAUCCAUCGUGUGCUGAAGGAGGAACUGCACGAAAGUACGAUCAUAACGAUUGCACAUCGCGCCGCGGCAAUGGAAAGUGCCGAUUUCUGCGUUGUUUUAUCGGCUGGCCGAGUUGCUAGUCAGGGAAAGCCAGCUGAGGUUGCGUUUUAG